GCCUGUCCGCGGCGCAGCGCCCGGCGCCAUGCCCAAGAAUAAAGGUAAAGGAGGUAAAAACAGACGACGAGGUAAGAACGAGAAUGAAUCAGAAAAAAGAGAACUGGUGUUCAAGGAAGAUGGGCAAGAAUAUGCCCAGGUGAUCAAGAUGUUAGGCAAUGGAAGACUGGAGGCAUUAUGUUUUGAUGGUGUGAAGAGAUUAUGUCAUAUUAGAGGAAAACUAAGGAAAAAGGUUUGGAUAAAUACAUCUGAUAUUAUAUUGGUUGGCUUGAGAGACUACCAGGAUAACAAGGCUGAUGUUAUUCUAAAGUACAAUGCAGAUGAAGCCAGAAGUCUGAAAGCAUAUGGGGAGCUUCCAGAACAUGCUAAAAUCAAUGAAACUGACACAUUUGGACCUGGAGAUGAUGAUGAAAUCCAGUUUGAUGAUAUUGGAGAUGAUGAUGAAGAUAUUGAUGAUAUCUAAUUUGGAGCAGAAGUUUACAUUCCAACUUUUUUCCCUCCAAGGAUUGUCCUACAGUGAUAUUUGGAUUAUUUUUUUGGGUGAAGUCCCUUUCUUUUAAGAAGACUGAAAAUUCUGGGUAAAGAGUGUAGUUUGUUACAUCGAAAAGGAUUUAUUUUCAAUGUUUGUUUUAAAGUAUUUAUAUUUCUUUAGAAAUGGAUAAUGCUGGAUUAUCACAAAGGUUCAAUGAAAUGCCACCAAUAUUUUGUCCUCUUCAGCAAUUAGAGCUUUUUCCCCCCUUCUGGAUGUGAGAUACAGUGACAUGGGCUGUAAAAGACUGCAUUUCCCCCUCCUCUGCUUUCAUCACUACAAUUCCAGUUCCAACUUGUAUUUUGAAAUAAAAAUGGUUUACCCCUGUAACUAUCAUGAAUUUUGAUUACAUACAAAGAAUCCAGUUAGUAUUAAAUCAUACUAUGCAGUGUCUGUCCUUUAUACCCCUUUUGCCUUGAUGUUAACUUGAAACAGAUUUUGAUAAUGUAAAAGGAAGGCAGAAAUCUGCAUUUAAAUCCAUGGUGCAUGAUCAGUCUGCUUUUCACCUCUGGUAGCACACUGCUAUUUUUAUACUGAUUUUGAUAAUUAAAAACCACUUGUUAGGGCCAAGAUGGAAAUUUACCACAGUGGAGGGGCUAGGGGAGAGAAGGUCAAAAAAGUAAGCAGCAUCUCAACCCUGCAGUUGUUGAAAACUGUCUGGUAGCUCUUCUGCGUCGUAAGCCAAGCAUAGCCAAGCUGUAGUUGCAGAAGGUGAACACUGGGUGACCCCCAGCUUCCCAGGGAUACAAAACAGUCACCAGUUGGGUUUGUACUGGAAACCACCUCCCAGCUGGUUUUCCCCCAAGUGGAUAUGGUAAACGUGUGGGCUUAUUUUUACACUAGAGAAAAUGUUAUGUUCAGAGGAGAGUUUUUAUUUGAAUCCUAUAUUCCAUGCAUUGUAAAGGAUACAAGGUUUCAAGCUUGUGUGAACUUUGGAAUGACAGCAGCAACAAGAAAAGAAAUUUGUGGCAAACGUAGGAAAAGAAUCUUUACAUCCAGAAUAAGUCACUGGAAAGAUUCUUUCCUACCUUCAGACUGGAGGAGUCAGUUAAGAAGCUCAAUAAAGACUUAACAUCAUCAUGCAAUGAUUGCUUUGUGGUAGCCUUAGUUUCUUUGUCUUCAAUUAUGUAUUUAACAGCUUUGAAAGCAGGUUAAUGGAAUACUUCCUUUUGUGCCAUAAAAAUCUAAUUCUUGACACAUGUAUUGGUUAUGCAGUCUUUUUGGUAUGAUGUAAAGUGACUACCCCAAUAGAUAAAA